AUGGCAGUCCCACCCGAGGUCCAGGAACGGGAGACACCACCAGCACCACGGUGGCAGGUCAUCUCAAAGAAAGUGCUGAAAUUUAUCUUGCACCAAUGGCUCCUGAUCGGAAUGGGAGUCGCAUGUGUACUGGCGUACUAUUUCCCCAACGUCGCAAAACAUGGUGGAAUUAUCCGAUCUCAAUACAGUGUGAUGUACGGUGUGAUCGCGAUCAUUUUCCUUAUUUCUGGUCUUAGCAUCGAUCGCCGAAAACUCGUUUUACAGCUCCUAAACUGGAGACUGCACCUCACAGUGCAAGUAAUUUCUUUCUUGUUCAUCCCUGCGGUAGUUUUGGCUGUUGUCUAUGCCAUCCUGGCAGGAGAUCCAACAGGGAAGAUCGAUCGAUCCGUGCUGGCUGGAUACAUCUUUGUGGCUUGCAUCCCGACGACGAUCGCCUCGAAUGUUGUCAUGACUCGAUCUGCUGGUGGAGAUGAUGCGGCAGCACUAGUGGAGGUUCUGAUCGCCAAUGUCUUUGCCCCCUUUGUCACGGCGGCUUGGACGGUGGCUUUGAUCCCCAAGAGAGCUGAAUUUGAUGCAUGGAGAUAUGGAGGCGGAGACAUGAAUAGCAUGUACAAGAAUGUCUUCCAGCAACUGGGCCUAAGUGUCCUACUUCCCUUGUUCGUGGGACAGAUUGUGCGAUGGACAUGGCCUGAUCGUGUAGCCUGGGUUCUACAGAAGACCAAGCUGCCAAAGCUAGCCUCGGUUUGCAUGCUCCUUCUAGUCUGGACCACUUUCUCCUCUUGUUUUGCUACAGGGGCUCUCCAAGAGAUGGACACACAGACCAUCGUCUUUGUUGCCCUGUUUAACAUUGCUCUUUAUAUCUUCCUCACGGGAAUUUGUUUCAUUUGCUCUCGUCCACCUAGCUUCCUUCUCUCGAAACCCUGGUCGGAAGCUGUUUUCAAGCCUCUGUCCCCAAAAGAGACCAUCGCAGCCUGUUUCUGCGGUCCCGCAAAGAGUACUGCACUUGGAAUCCCGCUGUUGUAUGCCAUGUGGGCCCCGUUGGAUCUUUACCUCAAGGCUCAAACAUCUGUGCCAGUACUGCUAUAUACCACCGAGCAGAUCUGCGUAGCCCAUCUCUUUGUUCAGGUAUUCCGUAAGUGGCAUUCUUACGUUGAGAAACGAGAUGGGCCUCAAGGCGCUCGCGGCGAUUGCCCGGAGAUGGAUAUGGUGGGAACCCCGACAGAAGACCGAGCCUCACACACAAGUAGUAGCCUGAGAGAACACCACGGCUAUUUGAAUUCCACUUGA